AUGGCAUCGAAGGCCAACGCCUCAGCAGCUCUGCUACUCGCCCUUAACCUCAUCUUUUUCACCAUGGUUAGUGGCUGUGGCACCACCUGUGUGCCGACUCCCAAGCCGGCGAAUCCAACGCCGACGCCUACCAUUCCUUCGAUCGGCAGGUGCCCGACUGACACACUCAAGCUCGGCGUGUGCGUCAACUUACUCAACGGCCUAGUCAACCUAGAGCUCGGCAAGCCUCCCAAGAAGCCCUGCUGCACCCUCAUUCAGGGGUUGGCCGACCUCGAGGCGGCCGUCUGCCUCUGCACCGUCCUCAAGGCUAAUGUGCUUGGACUCAUCAGCCUCAACCUGCCCAUCAACCUCUCCCUACUCCUCAACUACUGCGGGAAGAGUGUACCCACUGGCUUCAUCUGCCCUUGA